CGGUGAGGCAGCCUCCGUUCUCGCCAGGGACGCUUCUCCAAAAAGUUCUUUGUUCCCCUCCUCCCACCGCCUGUCGGUCAACAAAAAACCCAACUCGACCUCUCAAACAUGGCGACGAAGAUAACGCGAGCAGAGUUCCAGGGGGUCUUCCCCUCGCUGGUCGAGGACUUGCUGGGAGAAUGCCGCAAGUUCAAUCUCCCAGAAAAUGCUAUGCAAUGGUUCGAAAAGUCUCUCAAUGCGAACACGCCCACUGGGAAGCUGAACCGGGGCAUGUCAGUACCAGAUACCGCUUCCCAGCUUCUCGGGCGGCCCUUGAACCCUCAAGAAUUCAAAGACCUUGCAACCCUGGGGUGGCUGACCGAAUUGUUACAAGCAUUCUUCCUUGUGAGCGACGAUAUCAUGGACUCAAGCAUAACCCGUCGAGGAGAACCGUGCUGGUACCGCCACCCAGGCGUGGGGAUGAUUGCCAUCAAUGAUGCCUUUAUGCUCGAAUCCGCCAUCUAUCUCAUUCUCAAGAAACACUUCCGCAGCCACGCCGCCUACAUUGACUUGGUCGAGCUCUUCCACGAAGUCACUUGGCAGACGGAAUUAGGCCAGUUGUGCGAUCUGAUCACCGCGCCAGAAGACCAGGUCGAUUUGAACAACUUCUCCAUGUCCAAGUAUACCUUCAUCGUCAUCUACAAGACCGCGUACUACUCUUUCUACCUCCCUGUGGCCUUGGCCCUGCACUACCUUGGCCUCGCUACACCCAAGAACCUCAAACAAUCCCACGACAUCCUCAUCCCUCUGGGCGAGUACUUCCAGAUCCAAGACGACUAUCUCGAUGCGUUUGGUGAUCCCUCGGUGAUUGGAAAGAUCGGAACCGACAUCAAGGAUAACAAGUGUGGGUGGUUGAUCAAUCAAGCGUUGCUGAUAUGCACGCCGGAGCAAAGAAAGCUGCUGGAUGAGAACUAUGGGCAGAAAGAUGAUGCCAAGGAGGCAAAGGUGAAGCAAUUGUACAACGAGCUACAGCUGGAAAAGAGAUACCAGGGCUACGAGGAGAAGCGUGUGGGAGAGCUGCGGGAUAUGAUCGCCGCCGUGGACGAGAGCGAGGGAUUGAAGAAAGGUGUGUUCGAUGCAUAUCUGGCAAAGAUAUACAAGAGGAGCAAGUGAUUCCGGCGCGGGAGAUUUGGUCGACAGGCUUUCAACGAUAGACUAGAGUCCUCGAGAAACGGGACAUGUCCGGCGAGGGGAAAUUUCCAAUCGUCAUCAAGGACCGGUCCACACUUCAUGCUCCAUUGCUCUGAAAGACAUGCUUCCAUCCCACAUCGCACCCUCACUGGCAGGGAAGUAUCCUCUUUCACACCGCUCAUAUUGGACUUUCGGCCUCGUGCGAUAGAAUGCGUCGUAUUGCGAUUCCAACGCGUCUCGGAGGCUGUGCACACCGCCGGCCGGGUGGAGAGCCGACCAUGGAAAGCGGCACCCAUCCAUUUUGCAAGUUUUGAGCACCAAGAGAAGAGCAUCGAGGCGCGACGUGAGGUGCGAUACUGUGGUGGUGACAUUCACG